AUAUGUGUAGCUGUGCCUCUCCUCUACUCAUAUCCCUUUAACAAAAGAGAGUGAGAGCGAGCGAGCUAGCUAGCUAGAGAACCAAAGAAAUGGCCUUGAUUUCCACUGAAAACACUUGGCUUUUCAUUUUUGGUAUCCUAGGCAACAUUUCUUCGUUCGUGGUUUUUAUGGCCCCAAUACCAACCUUUUAUCGGAUUUGGAAGAAGAAAUCAACAGAGGGAUUUCAAUCACUUCCAUAUUUGGCUGGACUCUUCAGUGCCAUGCUUUGGAUCUACUAUGCAUCCCUCAAAUCCGAUGCUUUCCUUCUCAUCACUAUCAACUCCUUUGGUUGCUUGGUCGAAACCAUUUACAUUGCCUUCUACAUCAUGUAUGCACCAAAGAAAGCUAGGAGACUGGUUAUUCGUACCAAAAGUGUGGAGUUCAUGCCUUUUCAUUUAUCUCUCUUCCUCACUGUAAGCGCAAUCACGUGGCUCUUUUAUGGCAUAUUCCUCAAGGACUUGUAUGUUGCAAUCCCGAAUAUUCUGGGAUUCAUAUUUGGGUUCCUUCAGUUGGUGCUGUAUGCAGUAUACAGGAAUAAGUCCAAGAUGGUGGUGGUAGAAGGGGCGCAGUUGCCCCAACACAGCAUUGAUAUGACUAAACUCAGCACUAUCACAUUGGCUUCAGAGGCAAAACCCAACAGCACUGACUGCAAGGGACAGAACAUGGAUCAAAGUGGGAAAAUCAAGGAGUUUUUUGACUCCAACCCAAUAAUUGCUUGUGAAGUUUAAAAAACAAGAUUUCAAGUUUUCCAGUAAAUGGAGUAGUAGAGUUGAUGGAUCAACAAUUGCACCUAGCUACUGGAUCAUGCACCCCUUUACAAGAUUAGUGUAGAGUGCUCUACAUGCAUCUCUGUCCCCUGCUGUAAUAAAUGUUGUGUAUUAAUUUCAGCUUCCUGUUUCUUUUUCUCUGUUUUGUUAAUUCUGUGGCUGUAGUAGUGUUUCUAAGUAUGUUGGCCUAGUCAGAAGUUGGCUAGGCGGAAUAACAGUUCUGGAAUAUAGUUUCAUUAAUUUC